AUGCUAGCUCCGCUGGAACAGGAGCGAUCGGAGGGAGCCCAGUGCACCCUGGGGGAUCCAGAGACGGUCUCAGGAGUGCUGAUUGAUGUGGCCAAGCACUUGGGCAAUCUGAAGUACAGAGUGUGGGAGAAGAUGCUGGGGACUGUUCAAUACACUCCUGUGACUCUGGACCCAAACACAGCACAUCCCAUCAUCUCACUGUCUGAGGAUCUGACCAGUGUGAGACGCAGUGGUGAGGGACAGCAGGUUCCUGAUAAUCCAGAGAGAGUUGAUACGGGGUGGUGGGUGCUGGGCUCUGAGGGAUUCAGCUCAGGGAGACACUGCUGGGAUGUAGAUGUGGGGGGUGAGCACUGGCGGGUGGGUGUGGUUAAAGAGUCCAUCAGCAGGAAAGGGGGUGUGAAUGUGAGCCCAGCAGGAGGAGUGUGGGGUAUAGAGCUGUACGAUGGGGAAAACAGAGCCCUGACCUCCCCACGUACAGUCCUCACUGUCCAGAGGAACCUCCAGAGGGUCAGAGUGCAGCUGGACUGGGACAGGGGGGAGGUGUCAUUCUCUGACCCCAGUGACAACACUCUUCUCUACACUUUUAAACACUCCUUCACUGAGAGACUGUUUCCAAUCUUUAGUACUCUGGGGACUGUGCGGAUCUGUCCACUGAAGGUGUCUGUAAGUGUAGAAUAG